AAUUAAUGUUGAUUCCAUUUAUUAUUCUACUCUUAGCAUUAGGAAAAUGUCAAGAUGAUAUUGUUCAUUAAGAGGGAAUUGAAACACUUCAAGAAAUCUCUCCAGAAGAACAACUUAAGUAAUUGUAGGAAUAAAAACUAAAGAAGGAAAGAGAUACAAUUUAUUAUACUUGUAUUAUUUUAGCUAGAAUGCACUUAGGAAAUUAUGGAAAAGAAUUAGUAGAAAUUGUUGAUAAGUGAGUAUUAAUUAAUAAUAUUAUAGUUAAGCUUCUAAGGAAGAAUAAUAAAAUGUUUGGAUCAAAUUAUAUACAACUCAUGCAAUAUCAUGUUCUAAAUAACUUACUUAUGAUGAAAGUGUUUAAGUGUUAUUAUAAGUAAGAUCAGAGGAAUUUGAUCAUUCAAGAAUGCCAGCUUUGUUUUCCGAAAUUGAUUUCAAUUAAUUCAGAAACGGUUCUUGGGAAAGAGAAAUUACUGAUUUAGAAAAAACAGUAUGGAAAUAUAUUGAAGUAAUAGAAAUUAUAUAUAAAUGAUAGGAUUUUGAAUCUGCAUUAGCUGAAGAUUCAAACAAAAAAAAAUAAUAAGAAAAGGAGAGAGAAGAUGAUUAUGAUGAUUUAGAUUUAGAAUAUUUGAAGAUUGCUGCUUAAUAGACAAAAGGAAAACAUAGAACAUUGCAUGAUUAUCAACCAAAAUUACAAAAAGCCAAUUUUUCAGAUAUUCUAUUUUUAAUACUUGUUUUUGUGUUUAUAGGAGCAGGUAUAAUGUGGAUUAUAAAGAAAUUGAGUGUUUCAGAAGAAUAAUAAAAAAAGAAGAAAGUUAAACAGAAUUGA